UAUUUGAUAACUCAGAUAAUGUAGUUGUCAAUCUAACUUUAAUUGUGAUUGUUUCCCUGGUUACACUGAUACAAUUUGUCAGACUGACAUUGAUGAAUACGAUGGAAUAAACUGCAGUGGAAAUGGUGGUUGUGUUGACAUGGUGAACAUGUUCCUAUGUGACUGUGAACCUGGCUACACUGGUACUGAUUGUGAGACCAACAUUGAUGAUUGUGUGAAUAGGAACUGUAGUGAAAAUGGUGUGUGUGUGGAUGGUGUCAACUCGUUCAGUUGUGAGUGUGUGUCUGGCUUCACUGGAGAGAUGUGCAACACUAGUACUGCAGGGCUGGGUGGUGGUCCAGGGGGUCUCACUAGUAGCCUGAUAGGAGGAGUGGUGGGAGGUCUCCUAGUGCUAAUGCUGAUACUCCUGCUCCUGAUAGUGGUUGUGGUGGUGUGUGUGCAGAGGAGAGCUCAUGGGAAGACCAUUCAAGACACUCAGUUUCAAGGAGACACCAUUUCCUACAUACCUGAAGACAACCCUGUGUAUGGGAUUCCUGAGAACAGAACAAAUACCAUCACUUCAGAAGCAGCAGAGUUUGACAACCCGAUAUAUGGCAGCCGAGAAUCACUCAAUGAUGCAAAACUGGUCAAUCCAAUUUAUGGAGAUACAGAUUUCGAGGACAUACCUUAUAAACUGGCCCCUGCAGUAUCAGACUAUGAGACACACCUGUAG